GCUUGCAUAGGGCCUGACUAUCGACGGAUCCAGCUAGACUUUCCAUCGUUGGCAAGGAUACCGAUGGCCACCCCUACCCACGUGAUCCCCUCCCUGUUCCAGCCUCUAGGAGUCUGUGUCCCUCCUUCCUGACGUCAUUACCGUGCGCCGGAGCUGCCCCUGCACGUUGUUGUGUGUGGUCCUGUGACAGCAGCGUCACUGUGUACAGCGGUGUGUGUCCCCUGUAUGUGUUUAUUUGUGUAUAUAUAGAACAAGAUGGAAGUCAGAGAGGAGGCUGUGGCUGGAGAGGAAGAGGAGGAGGAAGAGGUACCUGUGGCUGAGGAGGGAGAAGACAGCGCGGGAGCAGAGCGUGAUAUAGACACAGCGGGUGAUGAUACACAGGGCGGCAAGAAGAAGGUUAUUCCCGGCAUCAUCUACCUGGGUCACAUCCCACCUCGACUCCGGCCUCGUAACAUCCGCAACAUGCUGAGCGUUCAUGGGGAAGUGGGACGCAUCUUCCUACAAGCCGAGGAGCGCUUUGUGCGCAAGAAGAAAAAAAAAGCUGGCACCAACGCCCGCGAUUUCACGGAAGGUUGGGUUGAGUUUCGGGACAAGCGUCUCGCCAAGCUGGUAGCGGCCAGUCUCCACAACACUCCUAUGGGCGUGCGGAAAAAGAACCGCUUUCACGACGACUUGUGGAACAUGAAGUAUCUGCACCGCUUUAAGUGGACUGACCUGAGCGAGAGGCUUGCAAUCGAGAGACAGGUCCGGCAGCAGAGGAUGCGGGCGGAAGUGUCGCAGGCAAAGAGAGAGACCAACUUUUAUCUGCAGAACGUAGAGCGCAGCAAGAAAUUCUCCAAAGCGGAGCGGAAGAGGGCGGCAGAUCCGGCCACCAGCACAGCCCCGGACAAGCAGUGGAACUUCACACAGCGCAAGACGGAGGAAGAAAUCCAGGUCCUUAAGUCGGCCAGGGACAACGAACGUCUCCAGAAACGCCAGGAGCAGACUGAGCGCGCGCAGGAGAAAUCCCAGACCAACCGCUCGCUUCUGCAGAAGAUUUUCUUUGCUUCCUGAACGCUGAGAGCCUAGGGCUGGGGACACUGAGCCCACGGAGACACUGAUUACCCUGGGGGUGUAGACACCCCCUCCGCACCAACAACAGGAGUACUCUGUCAUACUGGCGUUUCCCUGGUGCAGGAGAAAGCCUCAUAACACUGCUCAGUCUGUGUUAUUCCAUGUGCUCCAGAACUGAGCGUCCGGCUCCUAUCUCUGCUCUAGUUACAGAAUAAACUGAGUUUAUUUUUUGUUGGGUAAAUCCAUUGCAUGACUGUAUCUUUGGCGGCAAAGUAUCAUGUUUUUUUGUUGUUGGAGGAUUACACCCCUAAAGUAUAAUACAAUGUGCCCUAGUGCGGCAACUGAUGCCAUAUUACUGUAACAAUUCAAGAUUGCUCCGGAGCGGAGACAGCAGAUCUGCAGAGCCGCUGUCUCCACCAUCUCCAGCGCUUCCGAUUCUGACGCUAACCGCUGGCAGCGAAACGUUACAGGGCAGCGGUAGUUUGUGCGCAGGUGUGUAAUUGCAUCGGUUUGCUGUCUGAUAGGUAGCCAUAUCGGGCCCACUGCUAGAAACAUUCGGACACUAGUGUUUCUGCGUGCGUAAUGCGCUUAUUAGCGAUGAUGAAUGGGUGUUGUCAAUCAGAUACUUAAUUGGAUUAGUAUCUAAAGGACAACUGGGGGGGGGGGGUGGACAACUUAAUUGGCCCACACCAUUCUAUUUAAUCAUAGAGCUGUGGGGUGUUGCAGACUUGGAUGCGCCCAUAAGACACGUUUGCUGCAGAUCGCAGAGCUGCUGUAUACAGCAGGCCUGGCCAACCUUUGGCUCGCCAGAUGCUGCAAAACUACAAGUCCCAUCAUGCUCUGCCACAGUUUUGUCAUUUGGGAGUGCUUAAACUGUGGCUUGGCAUGCUGGGAUGUGUAGUUUCACAACAGCUGGAGAGUCACAGGUUGGCCAGGCCUGGUAUACAGGAAGCCUCAGGCUCUGCCAGGGCAGCACAUGUGUGCCAGCUGUAAGCCGGUAGUGUGCCGUAGUGUAUAUGCCAAGCUGGCACCUGGAGCAUACUGUAGUGUAUAUGUGUCUGGUGAUGUGGGUAACGGUGUUAUCUGUCAAUACUACGCACUAUAGCAGGCAUGUCCAAACUGCGGCCCUCCAGCUGUUGGGAAACUACACAUCCCAGCAUGCCCUGACGCAGCUUUAGCAUUCUCUGACAGCAAAACUGUGUCAGGGCAUGCUGGGAUAUGUAGUUUCACAACAGCUGGAGGGACGCAGUUUGGACAUGCCUGCCUUAUAGCAUCGUAAUGAAGUGUCAUAUACAUAAGGCAGACUGUUUACAGUUAUUAUUAAUUAGUAUAAAAUGCAAUUAAUUGCAGAGGCUAACACAACAUUUAAACGAAUAAGUUCAAUAAAAAAAUGUUUUGUUUUUUU